AGAAGAUCAACACAAAAAGCAGAACAUUAACAUUAUACAUAACAUAAGAAACUAUAAGAGCACAAACAAUUGUACUGAACAUUAGUCAUAAACAUAAUGUUCGGGUUUGUGUGGCAGCCACCAAUGACUAAUAACUUGGUCUAAAGGCCACAUUUCCCACAUAUGUUACUGAUCCUGCUGCUGUAUUCAAAAUAUAUAUGUAUAUCUGUUUCUCCAAUUUCUUUUUUUAAAUUUAUUUCUUGCAUUUUCUCCCUGUGUUCUUUAGUCCAUAUAUUUAAUUUUUUAUCAAUUUUGGAAAUGUCAGGACCAAAUCUAAAAAACAAUGUUUUUAUCAACAUAGAUGCAGCUGCUUAAAUGACAAUAAGGUGUGAGUCAGUCAAUUCAAAACAACCACCUCCUUGCUGUAAGAAAAAAAAAAAAACAUUUAUUAGUUUUUAAUAAUAAACAUGUUUUUAAAGCCAAUAACAAAUGUAUUAUGUAUUUCAAACGCCAAAGUAUGGACAAUACAAUUCUAAAUAUUUUUAAUCUACAGGAUAAAAACAUGUUUGUAUCAUAUUUAGAUACAAAAAGAUGUUGGCCACUGUCCUGAUCACAAAAAUAUUUUUGAUUUUUCUUUCCAUUGAGAUCCGUUCAUGUCAUGCCAAUAAAACGUUGAGAAAUUAACGGGUAUUGACAGGAAAUUAACGCUAUUGUACUGUCAAUACAAAUUGAUUCUUAUCUUGAAUUUCGCUUAGAUUUACUUCCCAUGUAGACCGUCUAUAUGUAAUAUUCUUCCUGUUUUUUAUUAAUAAUUGUAAUCAUCAGCUUUUCAAGUUUACAAGCCCAAAAAACAAACAGUGUCCGCGAAACCGUAUUCCUGGCGCAGUUAUUCUUAACCCGUAAUAUUAAUACGUUUUAUGACGUGGACAAACGCAUAUUUAAAAAAAUAAAUAAUCAAAAAUAAAUAAAUAAAUCAGACGAGCGACAUAAAAGAUCAAAGCUUCACCCGACAGCCUCUUUACUGCGUCACGCCAAUUGCUGAUAUAUUCACACCCAAACUUGCAUAUUUAACAGGCUGUUGGUGUUUGUCAGACUUUCCGUAACGGAGACAUGGCUCCUAAAAAGUGCACAAGUAUGCAGCGGCGCGAGUCGCUGCAGGAGUUAGAAGAUGUGGCGGUCCGUGAUGUGACCCACACUCAGCUGGCCCAGGCACUAGCCUCGGUUGACGCCAUAAAUGAACUACAGAAGAAGCGACGGGAGGAAGAUGAGCUGAAGAUGUUUAUAGAGCAGCGCAAGCAGGAGUUGAACAGAUUACAAAACUGCAUAGAUGAGCGUCAGGUGGAAAGAAGAAAGUCACACAUGGGCUAUAAAUUGUUUGUAGAGCAUCAAAAAGCUGAGAGAGCUUGUGUAAACGCCGUGGAGGACGCAAAGAGAAAUGCGAUCGAAAGAAAGGAGCAGAUAAGGAAAUUAAAGCAGGAGAAAGCUGAACUGUGGGAGAGGAAACAAAAGCUUGACCUUCAAGUGCGGAAAGUCAUUGUGUACUUAGGCUUCAUGGAGGAGUUGGCACAAAUGACUGAGCAGUUCAGUGAUGUAGAGUCACUUGUGGGCAAUUUGGAGAGACAACUGGAUCUAAGAGACGACCUGUUACGGCGGACAGCAGAGCGAGAGGAAGAGGGUGACGAACAGAAAACAGAAGAGCAGAACAAGCUUGAUUUAACACAAAUUAAAGAGGCAGCAUCUGAGACUCUAAUCUGGGCAGAAAUGUUUGACCAGCGUCAGAAAGUUGUUGCGAGUAAAGCAGCUGAAAUAAUGAAUAUUGAGAAAAUGAUUCAAAACUUCUACCAAAUGGCUGGUGGUGGAUCAGAGGAAGACCCCAAAAAACAGCUAGACACUAUUAAGAUGUUUUUUGAGAAGCAUAAAGAACCUCCAGCAGAAGAUGAACCUGAACUAAAGGCCACAGAAGAGGAGCAGCCCAUCCCCGAGUCAGACCAAUGACAGACACUUUAUUAACAACAUUUUAGUUGAAGUAUCUGUAACUGAAUUCUUUGACAUUAAUAUACAUACAUGCAACUCUCUAGUUGUAUGUAUGAUUAUGUGAUACCACUCGGCCAAUGAAAAGAGUGGGACUGAUUUAAAGUACAGUCUGUGGCCAACAAAAUGAUGGUAAGCUUUAUGGACAGUCAUGAUGUCAUGCAAUGCUAUAUUUAUGUAAUUAGCAUCCGUUAACUGCAGCAUCACUUUCCAAUGACAACAAAUAUCAACUUUUGAGAGAGUUUACAUUUUUAGUUAAAUAACUCCAAAUGUACCUACACGUAGCUGUACAUUUAAGUUGCUAUUGUACUCUACACAUAAAUAAAGAUGAAGCAUUUUUAAAGUGAUGCUCCCAAAAGUUGUUACAGUAUACUGUAGAUGUACUUUGAUGUAAUCUCUGUAUCCCUGACUUCUCUCCUUCUCCCUCUCUCUCUCUUAAUUUCUCUCUAUUAAAAAUGAUCUUCCAUAAAACAUCUACAAGGUUGUGGCAUCAGAGCUUUGUU